AUGCUCUAUAAGAACUCAAAGACAAAAGUGACAAUUGAAGAUGAAUUAUCGGAUAGUUUCUUAAUUGAAACUGCAGUUCAACAAGGUGGAAUACCAUCAUCAAUCCUGUUUAACAUUUUAUUUGAUUUUAUCAUCAGAAAAGUUAUAGAAGAGGCUGGCAUUGCUGGUGUCAAAUUUUCUUGUGGCAAUAAUAAUUUUUUUCAUACCAAACGGAAAAACUAUGAAAAUGUUAGUAUCUUGGCACUUCUUUAUGCUGUUGAUCUUGUAGCUAUGUGUGAAACAGCACCUGAUCUAGCAACAUUUAUUCGAACAUUUGAAAAAGUGACUCAAGAAGUUGGAUUGACAAUGAGUGUUAAAAAAACAUGUAUUAUGACUUUGCAACAGUUUGAGGAAGAUCAAAAUCGAAAGAUUUUAAAACAGAACGAGGUGAUCUUUCCUGAUAUUGACAUUACAAUGCGCAAUCAAAAGAUAAAAACUGUUGAGUCUUUCACGUAUUUAGUUUGUAAAAUUACUAGAGAUCAAAAGUCAGAUAGCGAAAUUAAUGCAAGAUUAACCAAAGCUGCCAUUGCAUUUAAUAUGUUAAGACAUGUGAUGUGGAGCCGAAAAACUAUCUCAAUCAAAUCAAGACUACAUGUUUUUCGUGCUUUUGUUCUUCCAGUUUUACUUUAUGGAAGUGAAAAGUGGUCAAUUACAGGUCAACAUGAACGUAGAAUUGCUACUUUUUAUAUGAAAUGUUUACGUAUAAUUAUCGGUAUAAAUCUCGGUGAUAGAAUGUCAAAUGAAAAACUAUUAGAAAUUACUGGUCAACCAUCAGUUGAGAAUAUUCUGCCUAGAAAUAGAUUGAGGUGGUUCGAACAUGCAAACAGGAUGAUGAACAGUUAUGAUGAGUCAUCAGUGGUGAAAAAGAUUACAUUUUCAUAUUUUCCUGAAGAGAAAAGACCUUGA